GGGAGAUUUUCCCGAAACACGCGUGACAGCGACAGUCCGCUGUUUUUUGCAUUGCGGCCUAGAUUACGCAGGACCCGUGCAAAUUCGCGCUUCAGCGGGACGAGGUAUUACGUCGCGUAAAACAUAUAUCGCACUAUUUAUCUGCCUUGCGACCAAGGCAAUACAUUUGGAGUUAGUAAGCGACUACUCCACUCAAGCUUUCUUAAAUGCUUACUCUCGAUUUUGUGCUCGCCGCGGUCUACCACAAUCUAUGUAUUCGGACAACGGGACAACAUUCGUCGGGGCGGACCGAGAACUGACCGUCGCGUACCGGUCAGCAUUACGUGAUCCGAAUUUUCUGAACUUGACUGCCUCCGAUAACGUGUCGUGGAAUUUUAUUCCCCCGUCUGCUCCGCACUUCGGCGGAUUGUGGGAGGCGGGCGUACGGAGUGUCAAAACUCAUUUGCGCCGCGUGUUAGGGAAUCAUAUGCUGACAUUCGAGGAAUUCUCGACUUUACUAUGUCGAAUCGAAGCGUGUCUUAAUUCCAGGCCGAUUGCGCCUCUCUCCGACACUCUUGAGGACUACGAGUGCCUCAUUCCCGGUCAUUUCUUAAUCGGAGCAGCGCUUACUGUAAACCCGGAACCAUCCUUGCUCAAUAUUAACGAGAAUCGCUUGUCGAGAUGGCAACUCGUCCGACACGUUACUGAGCGGUUUUGGAAAUUAUGGAGUAACGACUAUGUCAAUACGUUACAACAACGAGCAAAAUGGCGAAAGGUAGAACCGCCGAUUGAUACCGGGCAACUCGUCCUCCUGCGUAAUCCUAUGUUACCUUCCUGUAAGUGGGAACUGGGCCGAGUUACUCAAUGUCAUCCCGGUUCCGACGGCUUCGUACGGGUCGUCACCGUCAAGACGGCCACCUCGGAACUCAAACGACCGAUUGUUAAACUGUGCGUAUUACCGAUCAAUAGUGAGGCAACGAGCAAUUAGGCACCUUCGCUGCGUUGCGUUUCAUUACUGUACAUUAUUAGAUUAAGUUCAAAUUAUCAAGAUGCGAGCGUCAUUCCGCCAAGGCAGGCGGCAAAUUCAGCGAGUCAAACCACGUCGCGGAACUUGUCGUCUUUUCGCUCAUGUUGUUAAUUGUGGCGUGCGCUCUUUUCGUUUACUGCAAUUGUUAUCUCGAUUAUUUUGGCACUAUCGUUCCAAGGCGGGCGGUAUGUUCAAGAUUGAGACGUUGAAUUUAAUCGAUAAAUUUAAACUGUAAAUUUAACCGACAAAUCUGACCGGUAAGAGCCGCAAUCAAGACAAGAGCGAGAAUAAACAUCGUUGCGAUCAGCCGAUCGGCGCGUGAUUGCGCGAUCAUAACA